UUUUUUUUUUUCUUAGUCCCUGCGCCUAGACCACCUCAAGAUCCUUGACUAGGGCUGCACAGCGGCUGGACACCGACAAGCCGAGGUGAAGAGAGCACAGAGCAGCAACCUGGCAACCUCACAACUUGACGGCAGGACACAGGCUCGGGAUUCGAUUCUUUUCACCUGGCUAGGCUCCCGUCUGGAGUCUGUCGACCUGUGACGGCGCGCCGAGACGAGUGACGGGGAUGCCACUUGAACAAACGAAACGCGGUUCGACAGGACGGAGUAUCAGUCACCUAACAACCCCGACUCUGUCAAUGAAAACAGACGGGACUCGACGUUCCUCAAGAUGUGGUGAGGAUCAGAUGUGUGCCAACUGGAAACGAGGGAAAAGAGCACAAGAGCAAACUGAAGAAAGUGCAAGGACGGGAGUUGUUGGUUUGUUGCAAGGACGGACGGGAAGGUGGUGUGCCAGGCCAGGUGGAGGGAGGUUCGAUCGAAUGCUGGAAGAUGGAUGGAUGGAUGCAGGUGGACAGAUCGAUAGUAUUCGAUAUGCCCGCCGUCGGUCUCAGCCUGCUUGGUUCGCUAGGUUCUUCAGUUUGGGGAAAAAGCAGGUUGAUUUUGGUGUGUGUGUGGUUGAGUGUGGUGCCUGCAGUCGUGCGGUGCCUGUGCUGUCAGCUGCGUGUGGUGUGGUGUGCUUCCACUUGGCCCUGCCUGUCGGUCUUCCACUUCUGUGGAGAGAUGGAAACCUGGCUGAUCAGGUCGUGCCAGGGCCAGUCACCCACCUCCCCCCGGCUUCACAAGCUCACAACUUGGCUGCACGGUCACCCCUGGACGAAGCCCGCGACCUGGUCCCACACUGCCCUGCCCAGGCUAACUUAUUUCUGGGGAAAGGUUGGUCAGCUGCGUGACCGCCCGACGAACCUGCAUUCGGGUUUUGAGAUGCCACUCGUCCGUUUUUUGGUGGUGUUUUACC